CCCCUGCAGGGUCUCCACAGAGCUGCUUCCUCCUCGCCUCACCCGGGCUAAUUUAACGCCUCUCUCUCUCUCUCUUUCUCUCUGUCUCUCUCCCCGCCUCGCGCUCGCUUGUGCCAAGCCCAGCCAUGAUCCGUGGCGGGCUAAUUCCCAGACGGUCUUCUUCCUCUUCUCCUCCUUCCUCCUCUUCUUCUCAUCACCCUCUUCCUCCACCACCACCUCCUCCUCCUCGCGGGCCCGAGCGAAACGUGACGACCACGCAGAACUAACUAACUUCCUGUGCGAGAAAGCCUGCCUGAGUGUGGGUGUGUGUGUAUGUGUGUGUGAGUGUGUGCUUGUAUGAAUACGUGUGUGUGAGGUCAUGUCGGGCAUGACGAGUGGCGUGUGUGUGGAGAGCGACCUCUCCUCGAUGCUCCAGAGAAGCUCAGCCCCGUCGCACCAUCACCCGAAUCACCAUGGCUACGGCGGGCAGGGACAGGUGUCGGGCCUGGCUCCGAUGCUGGACUACACCACAGAGAUGGAUCGUUACCGCUCCUCCAUCGCCAGCUUCUACAAGACCAACGUCAACAUGAACAUGAACGUUACAAACUUCCCUCAGUCGGCCAAACUGGCUGCCCGCUUGGCGGCGGCUGCCCCCAUCUUCCCUCCCACUGCCGCCAGGCUUGGGGCCAUGGCGACGACGCCCUGGGGUUGCCACGACAACAUGAACAUGAACAUGAACCACCCAGCGGCCAUGUUCUGGGGUCGACCUAAACCCGUGGCUGCCACACCAACGCAUCACCCCCACCCCCACCAUCACCCCUCUGCGACGACGGGUCACAUGACCUCCUCCCAUCCCCACAGUACCAGCAUGCACCAGAGCGGCAGUGGGUCAGGAGGUGGAGGAAGCGGUGGGAGUGGUGAGGGGGGAGGAGCUGAGAAACACGGACACACCACCUCACUUCCUGUUUCACAGGGAACAGCACACCAUCACCCCAUGGCGCCUAGCAACGGGAACUUCCUUCCUGGAUACAGUGGCGGAACAGACUGCGGCGUCAUGAACAAGCAGGGACACACCCACGCGGACAUGAUGGGCCUAUCAGAGGGUGGCAGCUGCAAUGGGGGAGGGGUGAUGGGUGGCAGCUUCCUGGGGGGGCUGGGAUUACCCCCCGGGGUUAUUGUUAUGGCGAUGGGGUCGGCAGGGGGUGGGAUCUCAGACGCUAGCAGCGCCUUUCAGAUGACAGGCGGCCAGCGGGCGCUAACGGACUGCCAGCAACACGCCAACUCCUCCCCCUGCCCCUCCUCCUCUUCACCCUCAUCAUCGGGGGUGACAGCGACGGGCGUUUCCCUGUCAUCGUCAUCAUCUUCGUCAUCGGGGACGGUGGCUAAGAGGAAGAGGAAGCGGUGCGGCGUGUGCGGGCCGUGCAGGCGGCUCAUCAACUGCGGCGUCUGCUCAUCAUGCCGCAACAGGAAGACGGGUCACCAGAUCUGCAAGUUCAGGAAGUGCGAGGAGCUGAAGAAGAAGCCGGGGGGAGGAGGGGGGGUGCUGGAGCGGCCCCCCUCCGUCCCGGCCGGCGAGGCAUUUCGUUGGUUCUUCUAGCCUUCCCUUCGCCAACAGAGCCAAAAAUCUGGAGGCCUAACAGGAAGUCACCGUCAUACGGACUACAAAAUCAGCAAAAGGACUACAACCUCUGGAACUGAACCAGAUUCUCUGUGACAGGAUUACAGUUUCAUACUGUACGGAUGACAGUUUUAGAUUACAAAUCCCACCUCAGCUGGAACAGGGAGCAGCUAGACAUAAGGAGAGGAAGAGGGGGCAGUUUGGUGACAGGCAACCAGACGUGGCCAGUCAGAAACUGAUGUGGUGAUGCCGUAAUUGCAUGUUUUCCCUGAGGUUGUUUACAGGUAAAUUUAUAAAUUGAUUCUUAAAAAGACACAAACAGGAUGUUCACAUGGUAACAAGCUAACUGGCUAGAACUAGUCUAUGUUUGUACAGGCUAAAGGAAGCUCGUUCAGGACCUCUGAAUUUUCGGUUACCUCUCCUGUUUGUUAAGUUUUCUUUUUUAUUCAGGUGUGAUUCCCUACUUGCAGCUAGCUAGCAUCUACACCCAUGAAAAAAAGCAAUAGAAAAAUGGCAACAAGUCUGGAUGGUGCGUAUGGUCACAUCACAAGUUAGUGAUUGGUCAGAACAAAGCAAAACAGAAUUAUGUAAUUAUGUUUAUGGCCGUCUUUAUGUAAUUAUGUUUAUGGCCAUUCAGAUUUAUUGUCAGAUUAAAUCAAACAUUGAUGGCCAUUCAGCUAAGUAGCUAAAUGAAGAAAAUCUAUACAUUUUGUAGCUCUAAUCUGUGACAUAAACAUUAGUGUUAGAACAAAGCCGCCAAUACACCACAAUUGUAGCUUGGUUGUUCUUAAAAAUAUAUCAAAGAAUACUAAAAUCACAUCUUUGAGUCUAUGUGAA